UGUGUGCAUCUAUUCGGAGGAAAGAAGCGAUAGGCUGCCUUUCGGAUGCGAACGUGCAAUCAUGUCACGAGCGCCGGGCUGUGCAGCGAGAGCGUCAGAAUAAUCCACACAGGCGAUAAACGGAAUCUACAGGAAUAAAGCAAUGGGGGGCCAGAUAACGCGAAAUGCCUUUUACGACUCCCUCGGCGGCCCGUUCCCGUCCACGUCACACCGAUGUCACCACAAACCCAAGAGGUGCCUGCCUAUCCAGUGUGGCAGUAUUGGUGGGACCCUUCCCAUGAGUCCACUUCUCUUCCAUCCAAAUGCCAAGGGAUCCCAAAUCGUCAUGGACCUUGCCCAGAAGACGGUCAAGAGGCAGGCCAGUUUCUGCAAUGCCAUCACCUUCUGCAACAGGCCCAUAGCGCUGUAUGAGCAAGUCCGCCUCAAGAUUACUAAAAAACAGUGCUGCUGGAGCGGGGCUCUACGUCUGGGCUUCACCUCCAAAGACCCCUCCAGGAUAAACCCGGAAAACCUGCCCAAGUAUGCCUGCCCCGACCUGGUGUCCCAGAGCGGCUUCUGGGCCAAGGCCCUGCCUGAGGAGUUUGCCAACGAAGGCAACGUUAUCGCCUUUUGGGUUGACAAGAAGGGCAGAGUCUUCUACCGCAUUAACGAGUCCAGUCCCAUGCUGUUCUUCAGCGGAGUCCGCACAGCUGAGCCCCUCUGGGCCCUCAUUGAUGUUUACGGUCUGACACGGGGAGUGCAGCUGCUAGACAGCGAGAUUGUUCCUCCUGACUGCCUGCGCCCACGCUCCUUCACCACAGUGCGCUCCUCCUCCCUGCGGCGGGAAGCUGAUGACUCCCGCCUGUCCGUCAGCCUGUGCGACCUCAACCUGCAGCAGGAGGACGGGCACCCCGCCCACGCUCACUCCCACCGCCACACCCUCCACCUCGCCUCGGCCUCCUCCUCCUCCGCCUGCCCCAUACCACAGAACUCCCUCAACUCCCAGCAGUCCUCCCUGCUGCCGUCUGCCCUGGAGAGCGACCUCCACUUCCACCAGCUGCGCGGCGCCCACAUAAAGACGCUGGAUGAGCAGACAGUGGCGCGAUCUGAGCACGCACGAGAGGAACGCACUCUAGUCUUCACCAACCGGCCCCUGCGCACCGGAGAGACCGUCUUUAUCAAAGUCACCAAAUCCAGCCCGGCACGCUCGGGCUCAUUGUCCUAUGGGGUGACGUCCUGCGACCCAGCCGUGCUGCGCCCCAGCGACCUGCCCUACAAUCCGGAGGCUCUGGUGGACAGGAAGGAGUUUUGGGCAGUGUGUCGAGUGCCAACGCCCCUCCAAAGCAGUGACAUCCUGGGCUUUUUGGUCAACCAGGAAGGAGAGGUCAUCCUCAGCCACAACGGCACCAAUGUGGGCAUGCAGGUGUGUGUGGACAACUCCCGCCCACUCUGGAUGUUCUUUGGUCUGCAUGGAGCUGUGACUCAGCUGAGGAUUCUGGGCUCCACUCAUCUUGGGGAUCCACGGACCACGUCGAACCCCAGCUCACCCUCCUCCUCUCCACACACCCCCAGCGCCCUGGGCAGUGGCAGCUCGGAUCCAGUGCUGAACGGAGGCCUGUGCUCCGCAGCUUACUGCAGCUCAGCGGGAGGAACAACCCCAAAUUCACCUGUCAGCCUCCCCAAGUCACCUACGUUCCCGUCCGGCCGCGGGCCUUUGUCUGACGAGUGCUCCAUCUGUUAUGAGAACAUGGUGGACACAGUCAUCUACGCCUGUGGACACAUGUGUCUGUGCUACACCUGCGGCCUCAAACUCAAGAAGAUGUCCAACGCCUGCUGUCCUAUCUGCAGAAGGCAGAUCAAAGACAUUAUCAAGACCUACCGGAGCACGUAAGGAGACUACGGCUAACUGACGGACGGCCUCCCUAAGAAGAGCAAAAUCCCAGAGUCAGGGAAAGAAAUGUCUAAAUUCAGGGAAUAUGAACUCUGGUACUUUAAUUUGGUAUUUUCAUACAAUUAUUGUUGGUUGGUUGUGUUGCGUGACCUUUUCCAAAGCCGGUACUGCUUCGCUUGGAAGGUCUCUUUCACUUUAGAGUCGCUGUCACAGCCUCCCUGGAGAGGCGGCACUUGAAGUGGCAGGGGGUUCCUCUGAGAAAUUGAAACUUACCAAAAGUGUCUCUCCUGGGAUCUUGGAAGACUUUAAAGGAGAGAAACUGAACGGAUUCCAAAAUUCUUUCAUUUCUGGAGUCAUGUUGUAAGAUUUAGGGACUGUAACCCAUCUGCGCCGAAGCAAAUGAGUCACUUUGGGGCUGAAUGUCUCGAUAAUAGUUCUUUUAGAGGAUGACUGAAACUCUGAAAUAUGCCGUCAACCUGAUGCGUACUUCUGACUUAACCAGUCAGUAAAAAAAAGCACACCGCGGCAGGUAAUCAUGUCAGUAUGUCACAACUUGUGUCUGUGUGUUACUGAGCAUUGGAAAAGAGAAGUCAGUCGGGCAGCGUAAUGAUGAAGUGAUGGAUUUCUGUAGUUGUCGUGGUGAUUAUCAGUGAGUGAUGUGCUUAGAGAUGCAAGGCGGUGCUGAGUAUAUUAAGUAGGAUUGUAACACCUCUUGUACUCGUAUAAUCUAAUGUACCUUAAUGGUAGUUCUAUUGCAAUCGUCGGUGGUAGCUACGUAUAUUGUUGUGCUAGCUAGCUGCUUGCUCUGCAAUGUGGUAUGUUGCACUGAAGUCGGCAUCGUCCUCUCAGAAAUGCCCCAUUACCGACGGAGAUGAUGAAGACAUUCAUUGGUUCAAACUAUCUACAAACCUGCGUCCAGCACAGUCAGCAGCUCCUGGAUCUGUGAAAGGAAACAGGAAGUGGAACAAAAACGGUAAGUCUCCUCAGGGCCGGCAAUGUUUUUUUAAGAAGAUGUGAACUACUUUCCCAAACGUUACCGUCAACCAUGCCUGAUACACUGUGAGCGCUAAUGACGAAUUGACAAGUCCUCGAAAAUAGUUCCCAUAACAACACACAGAGUCAAAGGAUUGAUGCCAUGGUAUCAGAAGCCACUACGGAUACAACAAAGCUUCCUGCCUUAACCCACAGGUUCAUUUGUUACAUGCGGAUGUAUCACAGUCUGUGUUUUCUGCCAUUUUCCCAAAACCCCCUGACAAAUCACCAAACGAUGCUGCAAACUGUCACAAAAUGUUCACUCAGAGGAGAAAAAAAAAAAGCACACAAAUUUAAACCUAUUUUUGUAACACAAGUCCAUGACAUUUCCAAUACUCAACUAUUAAAAUGUUUAAUAACCCUUGUGACAGGUCUUUCACCAGCAGCAAAUAUCCUUUACAGAAAUCAGUUCAGGGCAGGGUUAUGAAAAAGCUUGUAUUUUGAAUAUUUGUAUGAUUCCUUCCCAUGCCCUAACUGCAGUAUAAAAUGUCUUGAUACAUCCCCACAGAAAUUUCAGCUGGAAAUACACCGACUCAGCAGUAAGCCAUAGCUUAUAACAGAACAUCACUCAGAGCUGAGAAGCGUUUUUUUUAAACGUGAUAUUGUACUUCAUUUUGUAGAUAAUCAACCAAUGGGGCUCAAACUUAUGCUGCUAUGGUAUUUGCCAGCUGUCCUUUCUUGGCAAAUGCCGACAGUGAUGUUUCACACAUCCGUCCUCCCACAUUACAGUUUGAUUACGCUACUGCUUGAAGUGUUAAUUCACAUUUGAAUGUUAACUUAUGUAUUUAGAGAUAAAUGACUUGUAUUGGUGUGUGUGAAUUGAAAAAAACAAAGGAAAAAAAAGUUUUGUCUUUUUUUUUUAAAGAUUGUUUUGAUUGAUAAUAUCAUGAUUCUAAUAUUUUCUUUCUUGUUCAUCUAAAACCAUGAGAAUCUAAAUGGAUUCUUGUUUUCUAAUAGUGAGAAUAUAGAGGGUUGCUUGUACCUUGCGGCAAUAAGAGAUAUUGCAGUACACAAUCAGAACCUCAUUGCUUUGGGGUGCAAGAUAUAAACUCUUGGUUUUAUUACAAUCCCUGAAUUUCAGGUCGUCUUUUUUUUAAUUUACCUUCUUGUGUGUAAGCCCAUGUUAGGGAGCCCUUCUGCCCAUUCUGGUUUUAUAUCUCUUAUCAUGAUAUAGUCUGAAAGCCAUCACUGUAUGGUAAUGUAAAUGUCACUUUAUAAAGCUACUGAUUGUAAUCUUGUAAAUGUUUAGGCCAGCGUUGCUCUCAGAGACUCAAACAUGGCAUGUUUUAUUUUUGUGCAGACAUUCAGACCAAAUAGAAAAUGUAUUGAUUUUUUGAAUACAUUGUGUAAAUGUAAUCCCCUUGGUGCAAAACCCUGUAUUGAUUUGGGCUUUUUUAACAUUUACAUCCAUCCGUUUUUGGGCCGCAUUAAUUGCUAAACACUACACAACUAUAGUUUGGUUAAAGAUUUUCAACUGUAAAUGAUUCUGCACACACCUUAAUGAUGUGAUGCCGUUUUUAUUUUUGGUUUUAUUUCUGCCUUCAGAAUACUCGUAGGCUCCUUUGAAUGUUACUGAUCCUGUAAUGUACUAUUUAUUUGUCCGUCACUGAUGUGUGGACUAAUUCCUCUAAACCUGCUUUUCUUGCGUGUUUGCUUUCUUAUACAUUGCCACUAUACCGAUAUGACUCCUGUGUGUCCGGCCAAUCGCACAGCAGCACAUUUAGAGAUUCUUUCUGUAGCUCUUAGUAUACUUUUUGUCAUGCAUGAGUAAUCCGUUCUCUGCGUGAACAUCGGGACCAACAGUAGGCGAGCAUCCGAGUGGAGCGCUGUUAGUGUUCAUGUAGACUGGAACCAGUGGCUAGAAAUGCUAUAUACUGUAUAUGUCCAUUGUUGUGACAUAGCAGCUGAAGUACUUUUGCAAACCUGUAUUUUCUUUCUUUUUCAUUUGAAACAAGUGUUUGUUUGUGAGCUCUGUUCAGUGUGAGUCGGAUGAUUGUGGUUAAUAAACUUUCCAGAUGUG